CUUGGGAGUACUCUAUUUACGAAGUAUUUCUUCGUUCAACAACUCAUCAUAACUCAAUCCAACCUCGUCAAAAGACAACGUUUCAUUUGCAACCCAACCAGGACCCCGAGCGGAACGAGCUGCGACCGAUUGAUCAUAGAGCUGCGGUGAAAGGAAAACCGUGCAAACCCGGUCGUCCAUCGAAAAUGCCCGCCCAAUGCGCAGUGUGCAAGAAGGCGUUCCCAUCGCAGUCGGCGCUGGCUGUGCACCUCCGCACCCACACCGGGGAGAAGCCCUUCGAAUGUUCAGUCUGCAACAUGAAGUUUAAUGUAGGUGGAAACCUUCGAAAGCACCUCCGCACUCACACCGGGGAGAAGCCCUUCGAAUGUUUGGUCUGCUACAUGAAAUUUAGUGAAACUGGAAACCUCCGAAGGCACCUCCGCAUCCACACCGGGGAGAAGCCCUUCGAAUGUUCGGUAUGCAACAAGAAGUUCAGUGUAGCUGAAGGCCUUCGACAGCACCUCCGCACUCACACCGCGGAGAAGCCCUUUGAAUGUUCAGUCUGCAACAUGAAGUUUAAUUUAGCUGGAACCCUGAGAACGCACCUCCGCACCCAUACUGGGGAGAAGCCCUUCGAAUGUUCGGUAUGCACCAAGAAGUUUAGUGGAACUGGAAACCUUCGAAGGCACCUCCGUACUCACACUGGGGAGAAGCCUUACGAAUGUUCAGUAUGCAACCAGAAGUUUAGUGAAAGAGAAAGCGUGAGAAGGCACCUCCUAACCCACACCGGGGAGAAGCCCUUCAAAUGUUCCAUAUGCAACCAGAAGUUCAGGAAGCUGGGAACCUUCGAAGGCACCUCCGCUCUCACACCAGGGAAAAGCCCUUCGAAUGUUCAGUCUGCAACAAGAGGUUUGGUCAAAGUGGAACCCUGAGAACGCACCUCCGUCUCCACACCGGGGAGAAGCCUUUUGAGUGUUCAGUAUGCAAUAAGAAGUUAAGGCAUGCUGGAAGCCUUCGUAGGCACCUCCGCACCCACACCGGAGAGAAGCCCCUCGAAUGUUCGGUAUGCAACACGAA